GUUUGGGUUUGACAGUCCCGCCCACGAGCUCCACCUUCCGGUUUCAGAAACUGGGUUCCUUCCUUUCUGCCACCGCGAUUUUCCAAGAGGCACGCUUUAAUUGUUUCUCCGUCAAGAUGCGUUACGUAGCCGCUUAUUUGCUGGCCGCCCUCGGUGGCAACAACAGUCCGCAGGCCAAGGACAUCAAGAAGAUCCUGGAGAGCGUGGGGAUCGAGGCCGAUGACACCCGCAUGGAGAAGGUGAUCACUGAACUUGAUGGCAAGAAUGUUGAGGAGGUGAUUGCCCAAGGCUACGGUAAGCUGGCCAGCGUGCCUUCUGGAGGUGCCGUGGCCGUGGCCAGCUCUGCCGCUCCAGGAGGGGGCGUUGCUGCUGACGCUCCUGCUGCUGAGGAGAAGAAGGAGGAGAAGAAGGAGGAAUCUGAGGAAUCGGAGGAUGACAUGGGAUUCGGUCUGUUCGACUAGGCAUCCCCUGAACACACAAACAAAUAAAUUUUCCAGAUAUAAA